AUGGGAAAUUAUUUCCUUUCUCAAGUGGGCGUGAAGCCGAGUCCACGGCGGUCGACUCAAGUCGUCUAUCUGCUCGAUUCCACGCUGGCUUUGCGCAAAAAGUCGGACUUGAAUUGCCCUAAUAAAGGCUCUCAAGUUGAGCCAUCUGCUUACAUUUUUUCGUUAAAGUCCAUUAAGCUUCGCCUUGCCAUGUCUCAAAUUAUCAACCGUGAUGUCUUGAACUUUGUUCUUCACUUACCUGCAGACAUCAACCCAUAUCAGGCGACAGCUGAUUAUGUCGCAACCUUCCUUCUACCAUGCCCUCUGCCCUCGUGGUCGCGUUAUGUGCAAUACGUUAUUGCAGUAGAGUUUUUGAUAAUGUUUCUUCAAUCAACUUACAUUCUUUAUACGCGCUCCAAGACAAAGAAAAUUUAUCACAUUGGCUUGAAUUCUAUGGGACUGAUACAGCUUGAUCGUGCAAACCACUGUGCAUUGUGUUACUUUCUAUAUAGUAUCAUUGCGGCGAUCGAAAUUAUCUGUGCAGAGUUUGUGCGGUCCGGUCGAUUAGACCAGGGAUGGCCAAAUUUCAUACUGGGCAUUAAAUUUAUCGUCACGGUUGCAUGCGCUGGUCAUCCUUUGGCUGUGCGUCUGCCAUUUUGCUUUGGUCAAACAGAGGGCCGUUUCACAAAGCAUGAAUCCCACGGGAAGAUUGCUCUCAACCACAGCAACAUGGGCAUUGAAUAUAUCGUUGAUGGCAAUUGUAUUUGCACCUACUGCGGCGAUUGUCACCUACUUCUUCCAACUCACCCUGGAGUAUCACCGCGUCAGAGAGCUGGCGAUGCCCGUUGUUCAAUAUCUACGGGAGUCGGCCCCUGCCUGUACACCAUCCACUUGCAGCGCGGCUCGCGUGCUACCUCUAGUCGUUAA